GCCUGCGAUAAAGGAAAAGGAAAACUAUAGUUUUUAGUGCUAUUUUGAUGUUAACGAUUUCUUGGUAAAGUUAAGUGAAGUAAAGUUAGUUGAAUAAAACGAUCAAUGGCCGCCGAAGUAGCAAUAUCUCAUCAGCAGAAUGUAGAAUUUAAUAAGAGAAAAAUGGCCGGAGCAACGUUAUUCGAACGCGCUCAAGCCCUAACAAGCGUAAAUCGGGAAGAGGGCAUUACGUUGUUGAAUAAAAUUGUACGUGAACAGGAAGUAGCUGAGAACGAUGAGGAGUUGAUUCGUUUGAAGGAGCAGGGUAUCCUGCAGUUGGGCGAGUUAUACAAACAAGAGGGCAAAGCUAAAGAACUGGCCGAUUUGAUCAAGGUGACGCGUCCAUUUCUCAGUUUGAUCAGUAAAGCAAAGGCUGCUAAAAUGGUGCGUACGUUAGUCGAUAUGUUCUUGGACAUGGAUGCUGGUACUGGUAUAGAGGUGCAAUUAUGUAAAGACUGCAUUGAGUGGGCUAAACAGGAGAAGCGCACAUUUUUACGUCAAUCCUUGGAGGCACGUCUUAUAGCGCUCUUUUUCGAUACUGGUUUAUAUACAGACGCAUUGGCACUAGGUUCGCAGUUGUUGCGUGAAUUAAAAAAAUUGGACGAUAAAAAUCUAUUGGUCGAAGUGCAAUUGUUGGAAAGUAAAACUUAUCAUGCACUUAGUAAUUUACCUAAAGCACGGGCCGCACUCACAUCUGCAAGAACAACUGCCAAUGCGAUAUAUUGUCCACCGAAGGUGCAGGGUGCUCUCGAUUUACAAUCGGGCAUUUUACAUGCCGCAGAUGAAAGAGAUUUCAAAACAGCUUUCUCCUACUUUUACGAAGCAUUCGAGAGUUACGAUAGUGUGGACAACGCAAAAGCUUUAACCGGUUUGAAGUACAUGUUGUUGUGUAAAAUUAUGUUGGGCCAAUCCGAGGAUGUAAAUCAAAUUGUUAGCGGCAAACUGGCCAUUACUUAUUCGGGACGUGACAUUGAUGCCAUGAAGGCUGUCGCAGAAGCCUCACAUAAACGUUCACUUGCCGAUUUUCAAGAUGCUUUGAAGGAGUACAAAAAGGAAUUAUCAGAGGAUGUGAUUGUGAAAGCGCAUUUGGGCACACUCUAUGACACUAUGUUGGAGCAGAAUCUAUGUCGCAUCAUUGAACCCUACUCACGAGUUCAGGUUUCCCAUGUUGCCGAAAGCAUUAAAUUACCUAUGCCACAAGUGGAAAAGAAGCUGUCACAAAUGAUUCUUGAUAAAAAAUUCAGUGGCAUUUUGGAUCAGGGUGAAGGUGUGCUUAUCGUUUUCGAAGAAGCACCCGUCGAUAAGACCUAUGAACGUGUAUUGGAGACUAUACAUAGUAUGGGCAAAGUGGUGGAUACACUUUAUCAAAAAGCCAAGAAAUUGUCAUAGAUAAACAAAACGUUUCUAAUUAACAUAUAAAUAAUUACUGAAACAAUUUUUAACAAUUUUUCUUUUUUUUUUAUAUACAUAUAAAUUUGAAACGUCUUUUUCUGUUAAAUUUAUAUCGAAAUAUUUGCGCUAGAAACUGUAUUCGCAGUCCAUGUUUUUUGUACACACAGCAGCACUGAACCAAUCUAAUUAACGGUCGGUUUUUUUUUUGUAUAUCGCGAUUGGUAAAAGAUCGUAGUAAAAGCCGCAAAUAGUAAGAGAAAUAGCGUAAAAUACCGUAAAAAAUUUGUAUAAAAUUUUUGCAACUUUUUUGUAUGCAAGUUGCGCAACAACAACAGGAUAUACAAUAUUUACUUAAUAAAAAUAAAAUAAUUUAAAAUGUUUGCUGUAGAUAAUUGGCAUUCGGACAUACAUUUGUAGCUACUAACACUAAAUAUAAAAUAAAAAGAAAACGAAACGAAAACAAUUUAAAUUUCAAA